CAAGCCUCAGGGGUCCCCGGAACCCUUCGAUGAUCGUCAGAAACUUUGUACUACAGAAAAAAACACUUCUCCGGGAGAAUACAGCCGGUUUAUUAGUAACUGCUUUCUGGAAGGACCUCGGUAAUUGCAUCCCAUCAAGGAAACGUCCUUUUCUCCAUUAUCAAGUGGUCCUCAGAGGUGCGAGGACGGACGAGGAUCGUAUUCAAACUGAGGCUAUACUCACGGACUUGGGCGAAAACCAGAUAUUUCCGGCGUUGUGUCGCCUUCGGCCCUCGGAUAAAUUAAAACAGAUGCUGAUAUAUUUUCCGAUCGAGGCUCUGUAUAAACGAAAGUUCGCAAGCCCAUCGGAAGAGUUAGCGUUUGCGCUAACACUACUGCCAGAAAACAACCCUGCCCUAAACCUGAUCAAUGAUCGCUUACGUCUUCCAUCUUGAGCUGACUAGCCGGGAUCUGUGAAAUUCGAGUGAGAGCGACUCCAAGAAUCAGGAGUCAUGUCAUCGUCGCUAAUAAAUUUUCUUGGACUUCA